AUGCUUGAGGUGUGUAUCGACAGCUUAGAAUCUGCAGUUAAUGCUAUUCAUGGUGGAGCUGAUGAAUUGGAAGUAUGCAGCUCCUUAUCACAAGGUGGUUUGACACCGUCUCCAGGACUUGUUAGAGAAAUUAUAAAAAUGGUCGACAAUAUAGGUUGCAAGAAAUCGAUCUACAAAACUUGUUUGCAAUGUAGUUGCCAAAGCUUAAUAAAGGAGCCUAAAGUAAAUGUAAUGAUAAGGUGCUGGCGUGAAUGC